AUGGAAGAUCUCUUGUAUGUGAAGGAUUAUUAUUUUCCCGUGUUUACCAAUGAGAAGCCGUCGGAUAAAAUCGAUAAAGAAUGGGAGUUUUGUCACCAUCAGUUCCUUAGGGAGAAUCCGAAUGGCAAAGGCAAAGAAACGAAAGCUGGAGAUAGUGAAGAUGGUGAGAAGGUAGCGGCGGCCACCGAUGACUUUCUUAUCAUUUAUGAAGGCGAUGCCGUCAAUGUCGCUUGCCAGGAGACUAGUUGGGUGAUCGAUAGCGGUGCUUCAAUUCAUGUCACAUCGCGAAGGGAUUUCUUCAGGUCCUACACUCCCGGUGACUUCGGAAGUGUUAGGAUGGGAAAUGAUGGUAUUGCUAAGGUAGUUGGCAUGGGAGACGUGCACUUGGAGACUGAAAAUGGCAACACCUUAGUUUUGAGAGGUGUGAAGCAUGUUCCCAACAUUCGCAUGAAUUUGAUAUCUACCGACAAGCUCGAUGAUGAAGGAUUUUGUAACACCUUUCGAGACGGAAAGUGGAAACUCACCAAGGGAUCCUUGAUUGUGGCGAGAGGGCAAAAGUAUUCUUCAUUGUACGUGAUGAACGUGAAGAUUGUGGAUCCUAUGAUCAAUGCGGUGGAUGAUGAACGCACUGUGGAACUUUGGCACAACCGACUUAGCCACAUGAGCGAGAAGGGUUUGACAGUGUUGUCCAAGAAGAAUCUCGUCCCAGGUGUGAAAACGGAUUUACUGAAGAAGUGUGCUCACUGCUUAGCAGGGAAGCAAACCAGAGUUGCCUUCAAGAGAGUUCCCCACCCACGCAAAACGAGUAUUUUGGAUAUGGUCCACUCUGAUGUAUGUGGUCCAAUGAAGAGGAGAACACUUGGUGGUGCCUUGUACUUUGUGAAUUUCAUCGACGAUCAUUCAAGGAAGAUUUGGGUGUAUAUGUUGAAGUCAAAAGAUCAAGUUGUAGACGUCUUCAAGCAGUUUCAUGCUCGUGUGGAACGAGAAACAUGUGUGAAGCUUAAGUGCAUCCGAACAGAUAAUGGAGGUGAAUACUGCGGCCCGUUUGAUGAGUAUUGUAGGCAGCAUGGUAUUCGACACCAAAAGACACCUCCAAAGACUCCUCAGUUGAAUGGGUUAGUUGAGAGGACGAACCGGACACUAGUUGAGAGGCCAAGCGCUAUCCACCUCUCUAAGAACUCGUCAUUUCAUUUGAGGUCCAAGCACAUUGAAGUGAGGUAUCACUGGAUUCGAAACGUUCUCGAAUCAAAACAAUUACACUUAGCGAAAGUUCAUACGAGUGAGAAUGGUGCAGACAUGAUGAAGAAGACUUUGCCGAAAGAGAAGCUUGAAGUAUGUCGGCGAAGAGCGGGCUUGUUGGAGCCCACCACUUGA